UGGUGUUGUGAUAGCGAUGUUUUAAGCCAGUUUAGUUUUAAAUUGCAUUCCACUGGCUAUAAACAAAUAGAAUUUUUCUGUAAUACUAGUGUGCGACAUUUUGUGUGCGAACAGUCUGCUCAACACUAGCGUUUUGUAAGAAUGAUGUAAGGCUCGCUAACGGAAGUGAGACAGGGUUAGCUCGCGAGCUACCUAAGCAAGGGCUCAAUCUCAAAUCGCUUAUUACUCCCUAUCUACAUGUACUACGUAGGGUUCAUGUUAACAGCUUCUACACGAUACAUAGUGCACUGGAUCGUCCACCAGGACGCCAAAUGACAUUCAGCCAUUUAUAUUGAAAACUUAUUGGUCAGUCCUGCAGCUGUUGGAUAGUUUUACAAAAAUAUAAACACAGUGAUCAUUUCGUAAGCUGACUUCAUCCACGUUUACCAGGUCUAUGAACCUCUCGAGAAGAUUAUUCAGGUUGAGCUGCAGCCUGUCUCGGUUUAAUCUCAUCUCGAACACCGCUCUCAAAAGAAAACACCACGAUCCUUCACCCUGUCUUCAUUCCAUACUGCAUUGUUCCAUUUGUCAUCAAUUCUGCACUCGUCCUUUUCUUCUUUCUUCUCGUUCUUUCUCUCGUCCUCCUUGUUCCAUGGAUUUAAAGACAGUUCUGGACGUUCUUGAGCAGCUUGCUCCGCUCUCAUUGGCUGAAUCUUGGGAUAAUGUUGGUCUCUUAGUGGAACCGAGCAAACAGCGUCCGAUCAAGACUAUCCUCCUCACCAAUGAUCUGACUGCUGACGUUAUGGAUGAGGCCGAAGCAAUGACCUGCGAUCUGAUCGUUUCAUACCACCCACCUCUUUUCCGGCCUUUCAAACGACUUGUUCAGAAGGACUGGAAACAGCAGCUAGCCAUCAGAGCUAUAGAAAGCGGGAUCGCUGUCUUCUCACCGCAUACAUCCUGGGAUAGUGUGAAAGGCGGCCUUAAUGAUUGGUUGAUAGAAGGCGUAGGUAAUGGACAAGUGUCAGUGCUAAGCCAGGCUCUCUGUAGCACCCACCAAAAGCACAGAUUGGAGUUCACAGUCAGAAAUGAAGAAGGGCUUGAUAAUAUCCUGAAGGACAUGAGAAAGACAGAAAAAAGUGAAACCUUUCAGUACAACAUACUUAGGACUGAAGAAGAGGCACAGCAAGUAAUCCUGAACUGUCCCAGCUCAGAACUGACCCCUACUGUUCAGGCUAUAUUAGGAAACACCACAGCCAGACAGUCUCUCAACAUCAUACAGGUCCAGCAGCCCCCGUUACUAGGCUGUGGACAGGGGCGGCAUGCUGUGUUGGAUGAGCCGAUAUCCAUAGCUGUGGCACUGCAGAGAAUGAAGAAACACCUCAGUCUGCCUUACCUUAGACUGGCUCUGGGAUAUCAGAAAACAUUAGAUUCUGCGGUGAAGAGUGUAGCUGUGUGUGCUGGCUCAGGAGCUUCAGUCCUGCAGGGCGUGAACGCAGACCUCUACAUCACUGGUGAGAUGUCCCAUCACGAAGUGCUGGAUGCUGUUUCUAAAGGCACAAGUGUGAUUCUGAGUGAGCACAGUAACAGCGAGAGGGGUUUCCUCAGUGUGUUUAAGGAGCGGUUAUCUGCACAUCUACCAGAAUCUGUUACCAUAAUUAUCUCGCAAAAAGACAAAGACCCGCUGCAGGUUAUGUGAUGUCAUUAUCUUCAGAAGUUACUCUGCUGAAGUACCAAAUCAUUGCACCUUUUCUGAUUUAACAUCCUGAAUUUCAAAAUGAUUUAAAAGGAAUAAACGUGAUUACACUGGAAUGUUGUCGCUUUUUUUUUUUUUUUUUUUUUUUUUUUUUUUUUGUCGUCACAUCUUUGCAGUACUUAAACUUAAAUGGCGGGAUGUUUCUGUAGGUAGUCGGAUAGCAUGGUGGGAUAAUCGGACAUCACUCCUGUAGCGCCGAAUGCGAAAGCCGCAGCCAUGUCCUUCUCUGUGUUACACACAAACAACUGCACCUGAGGAAGAAAGAGCAGAGGACACAGUUUACAGAGAGUAUCUUGGCUGUAUGAUUACGUAAUCCUGAUUACCUGAUACAGAGGGAAGAAACUGACAAACACACCUGCAUGCCUCGCUUCACCAAGUGCUCAAACAAAGACUUUCUCAUAGUCAGCCUGGAGAAGACAAAAAUAAAUAAAUAACAACCAAUAAACCCUUGAAUGUAUUAAUUCAUCUCCAGUAAGCUGGUUAGUGUCAAGGUUUCCGUCCCAGGAACACUGGGCGUGAAGCGAGACUAGACCUCGGUUGGGACGCCAGUCCAUCGCAGAGCAUCACACACACGCACGCAUGCAUUAAGGCAAUUUAGAAUAGCCAAUCUACUGGGGGAGGAAACUGGAGAACCCAGAGGAAACCCACAUAGGCACAAAGAGAGCAUGAACAGAAAUUCUACACAGACUAACCAAAAUAGAAUUUAUGACUUACUUUUCAAUGAGAGAGACCAUAAAUCUUUUCUUAAGAUAAGACUCCUCUGGAAUAUAACCCCUGGAAGAGUACAGAAUACAGUUGGCAUGUUAGCUCAACAGAGUGCACAAUGUGUGCCUUUUGCACAGGUGUGUACACUAUAUAACCAUCACACUCGUAUGUUUUUUUGAACAUCCCAUUUCAGAUUUAGUCCCCU